AGAUAUCCUCUGUGCUAAAAAAAAACUCGAAUUUAAACUCCUGUAGUGUAUUCGGUUAACAAAUUUAGUUCAAAAAUGAUUUUUCCGUUAACUAUCUGUUAAAUUCAAACAGAGGAAGAAGAAACUAGAAAUAUCCAGUUACCAACCAACAAUCUCAAUCCUGAAAUUGCAGAAAAAUGGCGGAGGAGGAGGAGUCGAAGAAGAGAAGGGUGGUGGUUGAAUCCCUCGAAUGGCUGACGGAGUCCUCAAUUAUGUCGAGGAAGCACCGCGCCAUCGCCGGCAUUGGAGCCUCUUCAAUCAUGGAGCUCAAGGCCCAACUUUAUCAAUCCCAAAAAGAAUCCAAGCAGUCCAAAGAACUCGCCGGCUCCGACAUCGAGUUCCAUCGCGCCAAGAAGAGAAUCACUGCACACGACGCUUUCUCCGCCAAGAACUCCGGCAUUGACGCCCGGGCCCACAACUUGAGCUGAAAGCAGUUCAUGAUGGAUCGGCUAGCUAUGCAUCGUUGGAAAGGAAAGCUGCAUUGUACGAUAAGCUAGCAAGGGGAGCUUUUUCCGACCGGUCCGCGCGAGCGAACUGCUUAGGAGCUUGAUCGAAAUCGGCUCGGCGGCGGGUUCAAGACUUAAGGGGGCGAUCGGGGAAACAACAGGUAUUCCAAUGGUGACGAGUCGACGGAUUCGAAGUGGGGUCAGAGGAAGGAAGGUGGUUUGGGAAGGAAUCGAAUCGAGAUGAACCUUCGAGGGCAGAUGAGGUUGAUGAUUGGGGCGCCGCGAAGAAAUCGAUGCUGGGAAAUUCCUUUGAGAUGAGGGAGCGAGGAGGUAGUUUUUUGGGUGGGUCACAGUCGAAGGUUGAUGAAUCCGACAGCCGGGUGUCGAAUAAGAGUGCACAUGUCAAAGUACAAUUUUACCCAUGUAUUAACAUAUAGUUAACGGAAAAAAUUACUUUUGAACUAAAUUUGCUAACGGAGAACAUCACAAGGGUUUAAAUCCGAGUUUUUUAAGCAUAUGGGCUAUCUUCCAAAUACCUUAUGACCACAUGGAUCAUUUAUCCAA